AAAGCCGCACCUCCAGAGCGUAGUUCCAUAUUCAUCGCUCCGCCUUGGCCUUUCAUUCAAAAACCCAUUAGCCAAACCGGCACCACAUUUGAGCAAGCUUUUCUUCCUGUCUUUAGACGCGUUUUCUUUCCAACUACUAUUCCAACUCGCCAACAUGGCCAAGCCCUCGAUUCUACUCAUUCCCGGCGCGUCUGGGCUUCCGGAGUUCUAUGACUCGGUAAUGGAUCCAGUGACAGCUAAAGGUUAUACAAUACGCGGUCUGCAUAUGCGCAGCGUUGGCCUCAAGGCUGGUAUUGCUAGGGAAGGAGUACCACCAUCCAUGUACGACGAUGCUGCCCUCAUUGCAAAAGAGGUCGAAAAACUCGCAGAUGAGGGAAAAGAUGUGAUACUCAUCGCACAUUCAUACGGAGGUGUCCCGACUACCGAGAGCACGAAGGGGCUUAGCAAAGAAGAGAGGCGUGAACAAGGCAAGAGCGGAGGAAUUGUUAGGCUUGCGUAUAUGACGUCGUUGGUGCCGGCAGUAGGAAUUGCCGCGAUGAGUGUACUAGGGGACGCACCGCAGGAUCAGAAGAUGGACUUCAGAAUAGACGAACAGGGCUGGAUGCACCAUAACGACGUCUCGAAAGCUGCAGCCAUCUGCUUUCAGGAUAUUCCCAAGGAGGAAGGCGAGAUGUGGAUCAGGAAGUUCCCUCCACACUCAUCUGUGAGUUUUACCAACAAGUUGACACAUGCCGGAUACAAGACCAUCCCGGUGUCAUAUCUGCUUUGUGAAGAGGAUCUGUGCAUUCCAGCACAGACCCAAAAAGCGGAAAUAGAGUUGAUUGAGAAGGAAAGCGGCAAGAACGUAGAUGUUACAUAUUUGAAGGCUGGACAUGUUCCAAUAGUUAGUAAGCCGCAAGAAGUGGUUAACUGGAUAUUGGAUGUGGCGGGAAAGCACUAAGACUGUCAGAUAGCUUGAGUAGAUGGUCCAGACAACGGUCCACGACGAUGAAAUGCUAAACCCAACGCUUUUCCCUGGGAAUUCCUGCAUUUUCUCAAUAGCGUGUGACAAAAUAAAGACUGUAGACGAGCACAUGUUUUUACAGGGGGUCGAAAUGCGACCAGAAAUUAGAAAAUAGGGAAAUGUUGAUCCAUGGGUGGAGCUAUCCUUUGUAAGCUAAUGCCAAUGACAAUUGA